AUGGUCAAAAGCUAUAAAUUCGGGCACCAGCAGUAGAAGCCGUGGUAUACGGUAUAUCAUCUAAACGACACCCAUCUUGUAACAAGCCAUGUCGAACGCCUUUCGAAUGCUAGAGUAUGCUUCAGCCAUCCUUAUCGUUUCUUUGUCUAGUUGUUUAUAUCUAGGACGCCGUUUGAGACAACGACUUUAUGUUGAAACUACAGGUGCCAGCGACGUUCCUUACUUAGGGCAAGAACGUCCCGAGCACGAGAAACUGCAUGGCACAGCCAUAAUAUGUGGAGGGAGCAUUGCAGGGCUUUUGUCUGCUCGUAUAUGCCACAAUCACUUCAAGCGCGUGGUGAUUAUCGAACCUGAGCCAUGGUUGGCUAGCGAACAGGCACAGAUGGUUGAAGGUUGGAAGCAGCAGCAUAAGCGUUCUCGGAUCGUGCAGUAUCAUUCAGUUCAAGCCCAACAAGCCCUAAAUUUGAAAGCAUACAGAGCCAUGUUCCCUCAUUUCGACGAACAAGCCAAGGCAUCAGGGAUUCGUAUCGCUGCUUCUGAUCUUAAGAUGUGUAUUUCUGGUCGUUUCCCAGGAGUCCCGUAUGACGAGUAUCCAGAUGGUUUACCGGAGACUUGCUUCACUAGCCGUCAAGGUCUCGAAACUCUAAUUCGACGAUUAGUUAAAGAUACGACCAAGUACCCUAAUAUCGACUACAUCGUAGGAUCAGUCUCCGAAUAUCAUCCUGCUGCGGGAAACUCUACGGUGCUUGGCGGGAUCACGGUACGCAAUGAACACGGAGAAACUGAUAUCCGUGCGGACCUAGUCAUAGACUGUACUGGUGUAUUUCGCGCAGGGGUCAAAAUGUUAAAGCAUGCCGGAUAUGGCUUUGCUGAUGUGUAUCCGAAGGGAAAACUUUCCCUUGACGAUAUCAAGCUUUCGUAUGACCCAAAGAUGUUCUACUCGACGUUAGAGCUUACUAUCCCACCUGAUCUGGCAAAGCGAUUGCCUAUACCUGGUGGAAUGGAUGAUCAUCCAGCUAUUGCAAUGUGCUUGAGUAAUGCUCGGAAGGAUCGUAAGACCCUAUAUUUGAUUGGCAUCGAUGGCCCAUAUCGCAUUCACAUCAGCUCGGGUGCUUGGGAUAUAGCAGAUCUGCCAAAGACAAUCGAUGGUGUAAAGAAAUUUGCUAGCUCAAUGAUUAUGGAUGUACCGCUUCCCAGCUGGCUUUUCCAGCUGCUUGACAUGUUGGGAGAGGAUCCUCAAGUGCAUGAAACAAUGACCGUUAGUUAUAUCCGCGUUCCGCCUUCUUGCUAUUACCGUUUUCACCAGGCCGCGAAAUUGCCUUCAAAUUGGGUUGCGUUAGGGGACAGCGUCAUGAACAUUAAUCCUAUAUUCGGCACUGGUUUGGCCAAGGCCAUCUACGGUUUGAUUUGUUUGAGCCAGAUUCUAAGGACAGUUCCUCCUGGGUCAUCAUCGACUUUGAACGCACAGUCAACUACACUGCCAGCUGAUUUCUCGACCAAUUUUUUCAAUAUCCAGAAAGCCAAGAUUGAGAACUUCUGGACAUCCACGAAAAAUGCGGAUUAUGCUCAGCCUACCACGGUGCCUGUCCGCGGGGAAAGCCUGAAGAAGGGUGCGUGGAUGCGGUGGUACAUGCGUAGACUUCGAAUCGUAUCACUCACAGACAAAGCAACUAGCUCCAAAUUUUGGCACAUCCUUAACUACUUAUCACCGGGAAUAGAUGCACUCCAUCCCCGAUUUGUAUUUAAGGUAUUGUGGAGCUAUGUCAAGACUCCUGAAAUCUGAAACUGUCGGUUUCUGGUGUUUCACUAUGUAACUCCGACCAGUUGAGAAUCAACUGAUGGAGCAACCGCUUUUUGGAUGAUUGUAACGUGCUAUUCAGGUGAUUUUCUGGAUCAGUUGAUAAUCACUCGUUGAUUAGGUGGUGAAAUUGGGUGAUAAGCAACCCAAAUUAUGGCCGUUCACUUGGUUUGUAUAACAAAAUUUUUGAUAGUUACUGGCGAUUCGCCAAAACCUUUCCUAAACCAUUAGCCUCUAUAAAUAUCAUUUCAGUGUUAGUUAGGCUAUGUUCGGUAGCGUCAUUUUGCAGAUGUCAUGGCAUUAGAACAUUGUCGUGCUGGGUGGCUUGAUAAUGCUGAGUUGUAACUUUAUUGUGCCAGGUGGCUUAACGAUGCCGAAUGCCGAACAGGCUGAUCAUAGGGUGAUACAGAAUU